AGCAUACUUGAUAAAUUAUUUCAAAAUCAACUUCAACAGUAAGAAAUUCCAUCUUAAAAAAACAAAAUUUCUACAAGAAAAUUUGGGAGGAAAAAAAAAACAUGUGGACUUGAGGCUCUAUUUAAGGCCGUGCAAAUCCGAGUACAAAAGGUACAAUUCUCAUUAUAACAACAUAGAGAAAGAAGAACAAGGAAGAGACGAACACAAAAACUCAGGCUCAGAGAAAAACCAUGCAUCGUUCAGCGGCAAUUAACUUCCACCGCAACCUUUUCCUCCUCCAAAGCCAAACCCAAUUGGCCAAACGGGUUACCAAACCCUGUGAUGUGUUCCUUAAUCAUCGAGGUAUAGACACAAAAAGAACAAUAGUCUCUUUGCUUUACGACCAUCUUUCUCUCCUCAACUUGCGCCCUUUCUUAGAUAACAGGACCAUGAAACCUGGAGACAAACUGUUCGAUAAAAUUGAUAGUGCGAUAAAGGGAUGUAAGGUUGGCGUUGCUGUGUUUUCACCGCGAUAUUGCGACUCUUACUUUUGCCUUCAUGAAUUGGCCCUCUUCAUGGAGUCUAAGAAGAAGGUUAUUCCAAUCUUCUGUGAUAUUAAGCCCUCUCAGCUUCGUGUCGUUGAGAACGGGCAAUGUCCACCGGAGAAGCUUCCAAAGUUUAGGUUGGCUCUUGAACAGGCCAAGAACACUGUUGGGCUGACUUACGACUCCUCAAAAGGGAAUUUGGCAGAUGUUGUAACAAGGGCUGCAAAUAUUGUAAUCAACAGCCUGAUAGAGAUUGAGAACGAAAAGCAUUCUAUGCGUCGUCCGAAAACUCCAUUUCAUUUCUAAUUUCUGGCUCUAGCAAACUGAUCCUUGAUUACUUUCGUUAAUUCGUUCUGCAUUACUCCUCUUGUUUGGUAAAUAAAAGUUCAAUAUACACAUCCAUUUCUUUAAUUACUUCCCAUUUGUUCAUUUGUAACUUUCUUUGUAGAGCACCGUGUAAAGCUCACCUGA